AUGGAGGAUCCCUUGGAGGCAUGCUUUGCUCAGUUUGGAAAGGACUUGGAUUUGGAUAAGUUGCUUAAGCAAGUAUAUGCUAUUUUAGAGGCUGCUCCUCUGGAGAGCAGGAUCAUCUAUCCAAUCUCUGAUAGCAAGUGGGUGAGCCCGAUUCAUGUCAUGCUAAAGCGAGCUGGAUUAACAGUAGUGAAGAACAAGGAUAACGAGUUGGUCCCAACUCAUGUUCAAUCAAGAUGGAGAGUUUGCAUAGACUACUGCAAGCUAAAUGCUGCCACAAAGAAGGAUCAUUUUCCACUUCGAUUUAUUGAUCAGAUGGUGGAGGGCUUGGUUGGGCAUGAGUAUUAUUGUUUCUUGGAUGGUUAUUCUAGAUAUAACUAA